AUGUCGGCAGCGACUUGGACUAACGGCACAGCUGCUCCCGCAAGCAGCCCGAGUGUCACAUCACUGCUGCUCAAGCCGGUACUGAUGCUCACAUUUGCACUGCUGCACGUCGUAUACCAAGUGGUGCUACUCGUACGUCAGGCAGGGAGUGCGCUCAAGAACGCAACGAAAUUUCGACCCGCCCAACCACCAGCGUCGUACACUUCCCUCGACGAUCUACUCGCCGCCCACGAGUGGCCCAGCAACGCUAUUCGAGUGCCAAAUCAUCUGGCAGUCGUCCUUGUAGACGCAGAACCUUCUUCGAUACGACUCUACCUGUCUAGACUCUUCUCUGGCUUUGGUCGAAGCGAUGCAACUGUACCGGGACAAGACGUGUGGCACGACUUUCGAUCGCGCUUCCAGACGGCUGUGCUAGCAAAGCACUGCUCGGAUAUCGCAGCUAUCGUGCAUUUGGCCAGGAUAAGCGGUGUUCAGAAACUCAGCAUCUACACUGCAGAGCCUCUGCCCUCAUCGGUGCUGCAAUCGCUCACCCGGACGCUGCAAGUUGGGUAUCGAACCAAGGCUGUUUUUGCGGAGGCGAAGGAGGAGGCGGAGUCAGAUCAAGCUGCGGUGAACAGCACGGUGGGUGCUACAGCCACCACUUGGUCGAAGUACGACGAGCUGCGCAGGAGAAGAGCAACGGCAAUGGAUGAGGGGAGUGACUCUUCAUCUUCGUCGCCCGCUUCACAGGAAUCAAGCGACUCGGAAGCAGCGCCGUCUUCGCUCGACGACGAAACGCUUGCUUCGUCGUAUACUGCCGACAGCAACGAUACUCCACUGUACGAUGCCACAGUCCACAUUCGAGUCGGACUUGAGACGAGGGACAACAACGAGUCGAGCUCAGCCGCGGGGCUGAAAGUGACACUUUUGAGCCGACUUGACGGGCAGCAGCGAUUCGCGUCGCUCGUCAGCGCCGAGGUUCGUUCCCGCUGCUCGACGCAUCUCUCGAAUGUCAUCACCCCCGACAUUGACGCUGCCAUCUCUUCGCACAAGCGCAUCUCGUCGUCCCUGCGCAAAGCGUGGAUGCCCCAACGCGCCAGGUCAAACUCCGACCUCACCGUAGCCACCCUGGACCGCACGCUGGCCGAGGCAGGGUACAUUUCGGAACCGGACCUGCUCGUCGUGUUUGGUGCCACGACUGCCGCGAAAAAACUGUACGGGUUUCCAGCGUGGCCGUUGAGGGUGACCGAUCUAUUCUACGAUGCCAACGCGAGAGGUGGCGGAUGUGGCUACGGUGCGCAGGACUGGACGGCUGCGUUGAGCAAGUUGGCGAGGAUGGAGCAGCGGUACGGGCGAUAG